AAAUCAAUCAUUAAAAUAACAAAUUGAAAUAUUUAAGAAAAAUCUAUUAAAAUAGCAAGAAAUUGAAAAAAAACGCAACAUUUUAAAAAAAAGUGCAAUUACAUGAUCAAUAAACCUGUAAUUAUCAGUAAUACAAGCAGUGUUGAAAAUAAAUCAUUUUUGAAUAAAUAGUGUUUUACAUGCUAAAUUACAACAACAACAACUACCACUAACUACAAAAAAACAACAUCAUCAAAAAGACACACACUUCAGACUUAAUUUUUGUCUGAAGCAACAACAAGAAAAAACAAAACAACCAAAGUGUUGGUCAACUAUUUAUUUGUUCUCAGUUGGUUAAUGUUCCCCAUGGAUUAAAUUUCACCUGAUUUUUUAAAUCUACUGUCGUACGUUUUUUCUUAUUUUUUUUUGUUCGUUUGUCUCGUUCGUACGUAUUUUUUUUUACGUAUCGCCACCUUUCGUCUAUAAUUAUACUCAAACGUGAUCACGAGCCUCACACCAAAAAAUAUUAAACUACAGCAGCAGCAACAACUACAACAACGACAAGUUUGCCAAAGUAACAACAAUCACAUCACUUCCAUCUUAACAGCAACAACAACGAAAACAACAACAAAAAAGCUGUGAACUUAAAAUUUCAGCAUAAAUCCAGCAUAAAGAAGAAAAAAAGAAGCAAAGAACUUUUUGAAAUAAAAUCAAAAAAUCCAAGAAGAAGCGCAUAAAGUAAAACAAUAACAAAAACAACAUAAUAACGAGCUUUAGUGCAACAAAAAUAAAACAAACGAAAGAAGAAAGGAUCGUAUCGUAUCGUUUUAAUACCAGAAACCCUUCUUUAUACAACAGCUAGUUCUUGUUGUUAUUAUUGUGAACUUGGAAGGGAGCUUCAGUACAAAAACAACACAACACAAAAAAUUAUAUGAACAACAACAUUGACGCCAUUGAGACCGAUCAUCAUCAUCGUCUACGUCGUCUACACUUCGUCGUCGUUGUCGUUCAGUUGCAGUUAUAUCACGUUUGUGCAUGUGUUCGUUAAAUUUACCUUUAACAAAAAAAAAAAAACAAUAACAACAACAAAAAGUACAACAUCAUUAUCUUGCUCAUCAUCAUCAUCCUUUUUUUCACGAAAACAAAACAAAAAUCCAGUUUUUUGUUUUCUUUGAGGCCUUUUUUUUGUGUCGUGUCGUCGUCUUCUGGUUUCGUUUCACAAGUCUUCCCUUCGUGUGUAACACAACAACAAGAAGCAGAAGAAGAAGAAGAGUGAAGUUAGCAAGUGAGUGCCUGCAUAUACGAGAGAUAAAGAGAAUCGUGCAAUAAUUUAUUUUUAUUCAUAUUUGUUGCAUUUCUACUACAUUCUUCUUGUUGUUGGCUGGCUUCUUUUGGUAACCGUUUCACAACAUUGGCAACAACCAUCCAACACAACAAUAAGAAAAAAUUCUAUACAAAUCAAACGUCAUUGGAUUUUAUGGUCAAUUGUUAUUUGUUGUAUCUCAAACACACAAACCUUAACAUAAGCUAUAGCAAUGCUAUAAACCUGGUCUCGAAACCAACUUAAACAGAAAUCUAUAAAUCUCAUCAUUGAUUUGGGAUUUUCCUUACUCUCUCUCUGUACAUCUCUCUCUGUUUAAUUUUGAGAGUUUCUUAAGGAAUAAUAAGAACAUUUUCAACAACAACUUACAGACAAAAACUACGUAGACAUGGCGCCGAAAUCCAGAAAGAAGAAGGCAAAUGCUCGCACUUUGACCUGUUAUUGUGAUGGCAGCUGUCCCAAUAAUGUUAAUAAUGGCACAUGUGAGACCCGGCCCGGAGGCUCUUGCUUUAGUGCAGUUGAAGAAGUAUAUGAUGAAACUACUGGCACCUAUGAAGAGGAACGAUCAUUUGGUUGUAUGCCACCCGAAGAAAAUGGCGGUUUCUUAAUGUGCAAAGUUUCCACGGUACCCCACCUGCAUGGCAAAAAUAUCGACUGUUGUGAUACGGGUAACUAUUGUAAUCGUGAUUUACAUCCUGCCUUUACACCAAAACUCACCACACCUGCCCCCGAAUUGCCAGUUAGCUCACAAUCUGUCCAUUAUUUGGCCAUGAUUGCCUCCAUGAUUAUAUGCCUCACAGCCUUCAUUGUCAUAGUGGUGAUUGUCUGCAUGACCUAUAGGCGAAGGGAGAAACUGAGAAAACAACCGCGUUUGAUUAGCAGCAUGUGUAAUAGCCAACUCUCGCCCUUGUCACAAAUGGUGGAACAAAGUUCUGGUUCGGGCUCGGGUUUACCUUUGCUGGUGCAAAGAACCAUAGCCAAACAAAUACAAAUGGUUAAAUUGGUGGGUAAGGGCCGUUAUGGUGAGGUGUGGUUGGCCAAGUGGCGUGAUGAAAAGGUGGCCGUUAAGACUUUCUUUACCACUGAAGAGGCUUCGUGGUUCCGUGAGACAGAAAUCUAUCAGACCGUUUUAAUGAGACAUGAAAAUAUUUUGGGUUUCAUAGCGGCCGAUAUAAAGGGUAAUGGCAGCUGGACUCAAAUGUUAUUGAUCACUGACUAUCAUGAGAAUGGUAGUCUACAUGAUUAUCUUUCCACCUCGGUUAUUAAUCCCCAAAAACUGCAGUUAUUGGCUUAUUCUUUGGCCUCCGGAUUGGCUCAUUUGCAUGAUGAGAUUUUCGGAACACCCGGCAAGCCGGCCAUAGCCCAUCGCGAUAUUAAAAGCAAAAAUAUAUUGGUAAAACGUAAUGGCCAGUGUGCCAUAGCAGACUUUGGUUUGGCCGUCAAAUACAUUUCGGAAUUGGAUGAAAUACAUAUUGCUCAAAAUACUCGAGUAGGCACCAGACGUUAUAUGGCCCCAGAGGUUUUAAAUCAAACCCUUAAUCCCCAACAAUUUGAGGAAUUCAAAAGGGCUGAUAUGUAUUCGGUGGGUUUGGUGUUGUGGGAAAUGGCCAGACGCUGUUAUACCCCCAUACCCAGCUCAAAGGCCACCACUUGUGAAGACUAUGCCUUGCCUUACCACGAUGUAGUGCCCUCAGAUCCCACAUUCGAUGACAUGCAUGCUGUGGUGUGUGUCAAGGGCUUCCGACCGCCCAUACCAGCUCGCUGGCAAGAGGAUGAUGUUUUGGCUACGGUGGCCAAGAUCAUGCAAGAAUGCUGGCACCCCAAUCCUACAGUGCGUCUAACAGCGCUGAGAGUUAAAAAGACUUUAGGUCGUUUGGAAGCGGAUUAUGUGGACUGUCCUAUGAAAAUUGUAUAAUUAGUUUAUUUUAACUUAUUUUUAAGUUUAAUUUAGUUAAACUUUUAAUUUAAGUAUUUUUUUUUUAUUUUUUUCAAUUUAUUUUCAUUUAAUACGUUUAUAGUUUUGUAGUUUGUAUUUGGAAAAAAAAAGAAACAUAUGUUUUUGUUUGAAAAUGUUGUUUUAAAAGGAACUUUUUUUAUUAUUUUGAAAAAGUUUCUUGUAAAAAAUUUUUGUUUGUUUAUUUUUUUCUAUUUCAUUUAGAAAUUUAGUUUUAAAUUAAUUUAAUUAUUUAGAUAUGAAUUACUUUGUACUAUAUAUAUAUUUAGCGUUUAAAACACACACACAUGACAUUAUUUUAAUAUCAUUUCACCAAUUUUGGGGGGAGGAAAAUAGACAAAAAAAUUAGGAUUUUUAUUGGGAUUCAAGUAGUAAUCAAGUAAAAUGCAAGCCUUAAUUCCAGUGUCUAGCAAUUGAAUUAAAAAUGUUAUUAUAUUUGGAUUAAAGUUUAAAGAUUGGAACUGUUCUAAUACAAUUUUAAAUAAUGCUAAUUCGUAGUCUGAAGAGUGCCUUACUUUAUAACUUUAGAUUUUCUAACAGAAGAUUCGACUCUAAAAAGUGCCUUACAAAGUUCUUUUAAGGAUUUUGUAGAUUUUUGAGUCCCUAACUUACCAUCAAAUAAAUAUAUAAAAGGGUUUGAAAUUACAGUUUUGCAAAUCAAAAUCAAACCUUUAGAAAGUCUUUAAGAAAGCUCCUAUACAGUUCUAAAUAAUGCUAAUUUGUAGUCUGAAAAGUGCCUUAGAAAGUUCUUUAAAAGUUUUUUUCAGAUUUUUCUUUAGAAUUUCUAACAGAACUGCAAAAAGAUUUGACUCUAAAAAGUGCCUUACAAAGAUCUUUCAAAUAUUUUGUAAAUUUUUGAGUCCCUAACUUACCAUCAAAUAAAUAUAUAAAAUCAAAAUCAAACCUUUAGAAAGUCUAUAAGAAAGCUCCUAUAGUCUGCUUUUACACACAGCAAGUUUACUUGAAGCAAGUCUCUUCGAUUUCCUUUUAAACUUGCUCGACCGUUUACACACAGCAAGUCUGUGUUCAAUUUUGUAUGUCAAAACCUAAUAGACGCCAUAGUGAAAAUGAGAAAACAAAAGAGAAUUGAAGAGACUUACCAGUACAACCAAGUGUGUACCCCUCUUCUUUCUUCUUGCCUCUCUCUCCUAUAAACUCUAGACUUGCGCAAGAAAACUUGCCCUGUGUAAAAGCAGACAUACAGUUCUAAAUAAUGCUAAUUCAUAGUCUGAAGAGUGCCUUAGAAAGUUCUUUAAAAGUUUUUUCAGAUUAUUGUGUCAAUAACUUUAGAAUUUCUAACAGAACAUCAAAAAGAUUUGACUCUAAAAAGUGCCUUACAAAGUUCUUUUAAAAAUUUUGUACAAUAGAUUUUUGAGUCCCUAACUUACCAUCAAAUAAAUCUAUAAAAGUGUUUGAAAUUAUAGUUUUGCAAAACAAAAUCAAACCUUAAGAAAGUCUUUAAGAACAGUUCUAAAUAAUGUAAAUUUGUUGUCUGGAAAGUGACUUAGAAAGUUUUUUCAGAUUUUUGUGUCUAUAACUUUAGAUUUUCAAACAGAACAGCAAAUAGUUUCGACUCUAGAAAGUGCCUUACAAAGAUCUUUCAAAGAUUUUGUAAAUUUUUGAGUCCCUAAUUUAUCAUCAAAUAAAUAUAUAAAAGAGUUUGAAAUUACAGUUUUACAAAUCAAAAUCAAACCUUAAGGAAGUCUUUAAGAAAGCAGCUAUACUGAAAAGUGCCUCACAAAGUUUUGUUAAAGAAUUUUAAUGAUUUCUAAAUAAUAUUUAGAAAAAUUGAUUUUAAAGUUUUGUAAAUCAAAAUUUAAUAUUUAGAAAGUUCUUUAAAAUUAUGUUAUAUUAAAGGUUUAGAAAGUCUUUUAUCUUUUUUAAUAAGAAUUUUAAAUCAAAGUCCAUUUUUAAGAAGAAUUUUUUUAAAGAAAUUUCGAUAUGUUUCAUUAAAUUUUAGUUUGAAACUAUAAACUUUAGCAGUACCUAGAAAAGACUCUAAAAAACAUUAUAUUAAAAAAAUACAGCCACAUAACUGCAAUGAUAUGUUGCAAAAGUUCUUUGCUAAGACUUACUCGUAAAUUUUGAGCUUCUAAAGAUACAAAUUCAUAAAAACUGUUAAGCAAAAGAUCUUAAAUCUUUUGAAACCAUAAAGAUUUCAAUUUCAAAACCCCAAAUCUAAUCUUAAUUAUUUUGUAUAUUUUCAAACCAGCUAUUUUUAAACAUAAUUUGAAUUUAGAAAAUCAUCAUUAUUUCAAAUAAUGUUUAAAAAUCGUUAGCCCCCUUAAAAUCUAUAACAUUUUCAUAUAUUUUUUACAUAUUUGUACAAAGUCAUUAUUUGUUGCUUUCUAUAUUAAACUAAUAAAUAUUUAAUUUAAAUACUAAUCUUUAAGUUAACAAUAUAAAUAUAAAGAAAUAUUUUGUUUUAAAAUAUAAACAAAAAAAAAAUAAAAAUUUAAAAAUAAAAGAAAAACAAAAAAAAUAUGCAACUACGUUUAUUAAACGUUUUAUAUAUAAAUAAAUAGAAUUUAAAAAGUUUAAUUUAAACUAAGAGACAUAUAUUACUUAAGCAUUAAUCAUUAAUUACUUAUAAAAAUGACAAAAUUUAUAAAUAAUUUAAAAACAAAACAAAAAAAAAACUAUAAUAAGCAAAUGAAUUACUUUAAACAAAAGGCUUUAACAUAUAAAAUCAAAUUUUCUUUUACUGAUAUUAAUUUAACUAUUUACAUACAUAAUAAUAAACCAUAAAAAAAUCUUGUUAUUCCUAAAAAUUAUAAAACAAAUUUUAAAACUUUUUCUAUUAGAAAAAAAGUAAAGUUAUAAAUUUUGUAAUAUUUUUAUGUUUAUUUACUAAAUUAUUUAUAAAUAUUUAUAAAAAAAAAAUACAUAAAUAAAUUGCCUUAUAUUUCUUAAAAAUUAAACUUUAACUUAAAAAAACAAAACAAAAAAA